AUGGGUCAAAUAGCCACAAAAGUUGCUGAAAUUGAUCAGAGAUCCACUAAUUCCCUUUCUAAUAACACAAUUCCAAAUCCAAAGGAGAAGUGCAAGGCCAUUACCUUGAUAAGUGAACAAGUGGCAGGUGCAGAGUCACAAGUUACUAAGAAGCCAGGUGAAAAAGAAGCUCCAGAGGAGGUGCAGAGUAAAGAGGAGCACGCCCCUUCUAGACACCUGGACAACCCCUUUUUGGUUGAUGUUGAGAAGUAUCCAGCGUUGCCUAAGGCACCAGAGUACAAGCCAAAGAUGCCAUAUCCUCAGAGGCUUCAAAAGGAGACAAAGGACAUACAGUUUUUAAAGUUCUUAGAAGUCUUUAGAAAGUUACAAAUCAAUAUUCCUUUUGCUGAGGUUUUGGAGAAAAUGCCUCCCUAUGUUAAGUUUAUGAAGGAAUUACUUUCCAAGAAGAGAACUUUAAAGGGAGAUAAAACAGUGGUUCUGAUCGGGGAAUGUAGAGCAAUAAUUCAGAGCAAAUUACCAAGAAAGAUGCCAGAUCCAGAGAGCUUUUAG